AUGUCCGAAAUCACAAUCACAGGUUGGGAUACGAAAGAUGUGCGAUUCCCGACAUCCCUCGACAAGACAGGCUCAGAUGCCAUGAACACAGCUGGCGAUUACUCCGCCGCAUACUGUAUCCUGAACACGGAUUCCAAGUAUUCCGGCCAUGGAAUGACAUUCACCAUCGGUCGAGGGAACGAUAUCGUUUGUCGCGCAAUUGACCACCUAGCGGACCGGAUCAAGGGCCGUACUCUCAGCUCCCUCGUCUCGAACUGGGGCCAGACCUGGCGACACCUGGUCUCGGACUCGCAAUUGCGAUGGAUCGGGCCGGAGAAGGGCGUGAUCCACCUAGCGCUUGGAGCUGUCGUGAAUGCAAUCUGGGAUCUCUGGGCCAAGUCCCUUCACAAGCCUGUGUGGCGCAUCGUGGCGGAGAUGACGCCCGAGGAGUUCGUCAGGUGCAUUGACUUCCGAUAUAUCACUGAUGCGGUCACGCCGGAGGAGGCGGUGGAGAUGUUGAAGAAGGCAGAGGAGGGUAAGGCACAGAGAAUAAAGGAUGCGGAGGAGAGCAAAGCGGUCCCUGCGUAUACUACGAGUGCGGGCUGGCUGGGAUACGGGGAGGAUAAAAUGAGGGCGCUGUUGGAGGAGACGUUGAGUAAGGGAUAUAGGCAUUUUAAGUUGAAGGUGGGGACGAGCCUCGAGGCUGAUAGACGACGAUUGGCUAUUGCACGGGACGUAAUUGGGUACGACAAGGGGAAUAUAUUGAUGGUUGAUGCUAAUCAAGUCUGGUCGGUCCCAGAAGCAAUUGAGUACAUGCAAAGUCUCAAAGACUUCAAGCCCUGGUUCAUCGAAGAGCCCACCUCCCCCGACGACAUCCUAGGCCACAAAGCAAUCCGGGAAGCCCUCCGGCCCCACGGAAUCGGCGUCGCCACGGGCGAAAUGUGCCAGAACCGAGUAAUCUUCAAGCAACUCCUCGCCAGCGGCGCCAUCGAUGUGUGCCAAAUCGACGCCUGUCGCAUGGGUGGCGUGAAUGAGGCGCUCGCUGUGCUCCUGAUGGCCAAGAAAUUCAACGUGCCUAUCGUUCCCCAUUCCGGCGGCGUGGGCUUGCCCGAAUACACGCAGCAUCUGAGCACGAUUGAUUACGUCUGUGUGAGCGGGAAGAAGAGCGUCCUGGAGUAUGUGGACCACCUGCACGAGCAUUUUGAAUACCCGGCUGUCAUCAAGGAAGGUUAUUACCAGACGCCCAUGGAGCCGGGCUACAGUGUGGAGAUGAAGCCCGAGAGUAUGGUGAAGUUUGGAUUCCCGGGAACGGAGGGUAGUUGGUGGCAGAGUGAAGAGGCGAAAUCAAUCUUGGAAGGAAUCAAGAUUUAGGAGAGGCAGGAUUAGAGGGAAAGGGGUCGAGAGUUUUCAUGUUGGGCUCUCGUC